UUUGGUUUCUGGACGGACAUAAAUACGAGACGUACGGUUCAGCUUCCUGUUUUGUUUUUCCUUUCGCUCCGUGUCUGUAGCUGCUCGGCUCCGGUAGAUAUGGAACAAUUUGCGAGGCGGGGAGACAACCACGACCUGCCCGCAGAGAAACGCGCUCUCUUCAAACACCGGUGGACCGUAUAAACCGACGAGAAGCGGCGGGCAGCAGUAACACCUGCUGCCGGGCUUCAGACGCCCUCACUCCACACCAGCGACAUGGCUCUCAGCUCGGGCGGCUGGGCUCCUCCAGCCUCGGUCCCUGCCUUGUCCCCACAGGCUGCAUGCGGGGGCCCUGCACCGACGGCUUGCUGCAGUACUGUUUUAAUGUCAGUCCGGGUGUCGGUGUGCCACUCCGGUAUCCGGCCCCUGUGUCUCCCCGGAGCAGGCAGCGAGGCUCUGCGCCUUCAGCUCAGCAUGGACCCGAGCCGGGCCGGAGAGUUCCGACUGGCGCUGCGAGAUACGAGCGGAAACCGCAGUGUGUUCAUCGCAGAGUUCGACCUGCGCUCGGUGCAUUAUGAGGUCAAAUCCCCUCGCUGCCAUGAGAUGCGUCUCGCUGCUCCGCCGCACGACUGCAUCCGCUUCAACUUCCGCUGUGACCGUGAAGCCGAAGAAUGGGCCACGGUGGUGAUGUCAUCGCUAAGAGAGGCACAUCGAGUUGCAAAUAUUAACUCCUUCGAAUCAGAUGGCAGACAGACGAACACGACUGCAGCUAUGGAGCAGUGGAGCUCAGCCUCGCUGCCUCUCACUGAGGAGCUCUGCUUGGAGCUUGCCAAGGCGAUUGAAGCAGGUGACACCCAAGCCGCUUCACAGCACGCAUCCGCUCUGGCUCGACAAAAAGCCGUACUGACAAUUCAGCUGUCUGAGAAGAACUACGCGGAUGGAGAGAUCAGUUUAUCUGUAGUAGUGGAGGAUGUUUCGUCAUCUUGUUGCGUCACAGUGAAAGUAUUUCCCUACAUGACUGUGGCUGCACUCAAGCAACAGGUGUUUCUAGAGUAUGGUUUCCACCCUCGUGUGCAGCGCUGGGUGAUUGGUCAGUGCUUGUGCACAGAGCCGAGAUCACUGGCGUCCUACGGCGUACAGAAGGACGGGGACACAGCAUAUCUCUACCUGAUCUCUGCCCGCCAAGCCCGCAUUACCCGCCAGCUGUUCCAGCAGGACCUGGAGAGCGCACUCCUCGCUCCGCCUCUUCCCCCGGGCAAUGGUCCCACCUCUCAAGACUGGAGAGGUUACAGCACCCUGCCCUCAAGAUUACCCCACAACAACCAGGGGAGCACAGGUGGAGGAAGUGAGAGACCAGGUGACAUUAAGGAUGUCCUCGACAUUGAGAAUCUGCAACUGAAUGACAAAUCCAGCAAAGCCAUUAAAACUCAGACAGAAUGGGCUUGUCCCUCAUGCACUUUCAUCAACAAGCCCUCCCGUCCAGGCUGUGAAAUAUGUGCUACAGCCAGACCGGACAGCUGCAUCCAGCAGGAGAAAGGAAGGAGAGAGGACCGAGGAGAGCCCGGUUCAAGCAGCAGCUGACUGCCCAUCAUCAUUCUUCACGCAUUUACACACACUCACACACAGGGCGAGGAUGCUAAUUCUGCCGUACAUGUCGACAACAU